GCGGCUUUAGAACUUGUGUUUUUUUGACCAUUUACCGUCGAAAUAGUUGACAUCGACACUCGAAACCUUCCUCCACUAGGCGACACCCUCAUCCCACACAGUUCCCUUCACCUGCUUUAAACACGCUUCGCAAUCGUGUGUCGAAAUUGUUGAAAAUGUAUUUUAAUUUGUGGGGUAAAAUAGCUACUGACUCUUGACUGUGAUGGCGGACUAUUUACAGAAGAUGAUCGGUUUGUUUAAAUAUGCUUCCAGGAGGCGCGCCUGAAUAAUAUCUCAGGGCACUGCCGGCAAUUUGGUAAAUAAGUCAUAUUUACACAGUCUCACCACCGCCUCAGGGGUGUAGAUUUAUCCCCAUGUAACGCCCCUUCUAGAUUUAAUAUCAUUUUUGGAAGAUUGUUUUUUAAUGCCUGGUUAGAACUGUAUUCAUAAUGGCGACUUAAUGACUUAAAAAAUAUUAAUAAAUCAUUGAAUAUAGCGUGAAGGGGAUUAAAUGCGACUCAGGUUUGCUUGUGCACACAUGAAAUGUAAAUAUUUCCACAUUAGGUUUCCUUCAAAAACUGCACAAGACAGACGCCGUCAAAUGCGUCUUCCCACUCGACAUCCACCACUAACUUGGAGCGCAAGACAGUCAGAACACUGUCCACCAUGGGGCGCCACCUGACGCCAAUCUGCCUUUCCUUCUCCCAUCUGUUCAUCUUUUUCGCUGUUACAGAAUCAGAAGCACCUGUGGUCCACACCGAGCUAGGAAGUCUGAGGGGUGAACUGCUGCCCAUAAAAGGAACAGAGAAUCAGGUGCAUGCCUUUUUGGGUGUCCCUUUUGCAAAGCCCCCAUUGGGCCCUGCACUGAGACUGUCCGCACCGCAGCCUGUGGAAGGAUGGGAAGGAGUCAGAGAUGCCACCAAACAACCUCCGAAGUGUGUUCAACAAAGAGUCAGUGCGGCCGCGAUGGAAAAAGACCUCGGUUUACAAGUAGAGAUGCCUGAGGUGUCCGAAGACUGUCUGUACUUGAACAUCUACACUCCUGCAAACAGAACUGAAGAUUCCAAACUACCGGUCAUGGUCUGGAUCCAUGGAGGGGCCUUUGUAAUAGGCUCAGCUUCAAUGUAUGAUGGAUCUGCACUGGCAGCCUAUGAGAAUGUGGUUGUGGUGAUAAUCCAGUACCGCCUUGGACUCCUCGGCUAUCUAAGCACCGGUGAUGAGCACAUGGCAGGAAACUGGGGCAUGCUGGACCAAGUGCAGGCCCUGAAGUGGGUCCAGGAGCACAUCCACAACUUUGGAGGAGACUCUGAUUCAGUCACCGUAUUUGGGGAGUCUGCCGGUGGAGUGAGCAUUUCUCUUCUGCUUCUCUCCCCGUUAACUGAGGGCCUGUUCCAAAAAGCUGUCGCCAUGAGCGGCGCUGCUACAAUGGCUGGCCUUGUCCAAGAAAAUUUUCUAGCCAUGACUCAGAGAGCAGCAAACAUGUCUGGAUGUAGCCUUGAAUCCACAGAGAAGAUCGCAAAUUGUAUGAAGAAUCUCGAUAUGGAAACAAUUGACAUCCUUGUCAAGGACCAAGCACUGAGGUUCCCUGCAGUUAUUGAUGGACACCUGCUGACCAAACCAGUGGUACAGCUGUUGAAGAAUGGUGAAUUUCACAAGGUGCCGCUCAUCACAGGAGUGAACAGUGAUGAGGGCGGCUAUCAACUGAUCCGUCACUUCGUGCCUCCUGGCUGGACGGCGGGACUGGAGCGGGAGCAAAUUUCAAACUUGCUUUUUCAGCUGCUUCAUGAUGUCAGGAUGACAGCGCUGGUAGUGGAGGAGUAUAACGUCACCGUGAAUGACCCUGUGAAGAACAGAGACGCGUACACUCGACUCAUUGGGGAUAUCUUCGUCAAACUUCCAGUCAUUCUUGUGGCCAAAUCUCACAGAGACGCUGGCACACCUGUGUAUCUGUACGAGUUCAGGUACAUCCCAUCACAUAUGAAGUCAAGAAGGCCAAGCUUUGUUGGGAGUGACCACGGAGAUGGAGUGUUUUCAGUGCUGGGAUUGUGUUUCACACAGUCUCAUGUCAAAUUAUCUGAUCCCUGCUUAACAGAAGAGGAACAAGUAGGCAGAACCAUGAUGAGCUACUUGGCCAACUUUGCUCGCACAGGGUCUCCAAAUGGGAAGGGUCUGGUUCACUGGCCAAAGUACGAGAAAGAAGAAGCAUACCUGGCAAUUGGAGUGGAGCAGAUGGUUGGUCUUCAGUACGAGAAGGAGCUUUUUACCUUCGUGACGGAGAUUCUUCAAAGAACAAAGGCUCCAUAAGAUCUAUCUGACGAGAACAUGUUGAUUUUUGUCACCUCUUCUUUGCAUGUUUUGAUCUGCUGUUUGAUCUGUCCCAAUUUCCCUUUGACUAUUCAGUAGUGUAAAGCAGUGAUUCUUAACCACAGGGCUGGGGCCCAUUGUUGGGCACCUCCAAGAGGGUCACUAAAGGUUUUUUGCUUGACAGCUUUGGGCCGUGAGACGCUCAGUUUUAACACAUUAGCCACAUGUGGUGGCAGUAGUGUGUCACUGCAUCGACUUGACAGCUGCAAAUCUCUGAUAGUUAACAACUGUGGAGAAGUUCUUGAAAAGAAAAAAAAUGAUAAAGAAAGUGAUGUUCCCCCCAACAGUAAAAGCUGUUCACAAAAGCACCCGUUGAAGCAGUUUUGAAAUGGCAAUGCUUUUAUUUACACUUUACUUAUGUCACCGUUGGCGUUUAAAUAAAAUAUAUCAUUUUUAUUUUAUAUUUGGACAUGGGUUUAUUAUAUUUAUUUUAUUCAGAAUUGUAUUCAGUUUUUUUCCAAUUUUCUGAACAGUUUGCAUCUAUUCUGUGUAUUUGUGUAUUUUUUCCUUUUUUUUCUUUAGUCAAUUUCAUGAAUAUGACUUGCACCUGGUUCUGCUGCUGGUCCGACUUUUCGAUGAUAACUGUCUUUGUCGAUGAUCGCAUGGUUUCAUGUCAUUUCACAAGGUUUUGGUUUGUUAAUGUGUAAGCAUAUUAAAUAUGGUUAU